AUGGCUUCGGGCACCGCCACGGUCCUGGUCUCCCGCCAUGGUUCCGUCACAACGGUUUGCAUCAACCGCCCAGCUGUCCGAAAUGCUGUUGAUGGACCGACUGCGGCCGCUUUGCGUGCCGCCUUCGAGGCCUUUGACGCGGAUGCGUCCCAACGUGUGGCCGUGCUGCACGGCUCCGGGGGCAACUUCUGCGCGGGCGCAGACCUCAAGGCGGUGUCCGGGGAGCUUGGGAAGGAUGUUCAGCACGACCUGAGCCAUUAUGGGCCCAUGGGGCCCACAAGGCUGCAGCUGCGAAAGCCCGUCAUCGCGGCCGUCGAGGGCUACGCGGUCGCUGGUGGUCUCGAGCUUGCUUUGUGGGCCGAUCUUCGAGUCGUCGCACACGACGCUGUCUUCGGCGUCUUUUGCCGACGUUUUGGCGUGCCGCUGAUCGAUGGGGGCACUGUACGGCUUCCGCGGCUCAUCGGCCAGUCCCGUGCUGCGGAUCUCAUCCUCAGCGGGCGUGAGGUGAAGUCUGAGGAGGCGCUGUCGAUGGGGCUCGCCAAUCGCAUCGUGCCCGAGGGCGGAAACGUAGUCGAGGCUGCGCAGGCUCUCGCCGGCCUGAUCGCCAUGCAUCCGCAGGAGUGCAUGCAGAACGACCGCGAAAGCAUGCUCAAGCAGUGGGCGCUGCCGUUGCACGAGGCAUUGAAGGAAGAGUUUGCCCUGGGAAUGAAGACCAUCGCCUCUGGUGAGACGGUGGCAGGGGCAAGGCGAUUCUCCGAAGGAGAUGGGCGGCAUGGUAGCAAGCUCUGA